UCUCCUUAAACCCUAAGCCUCAAUCGUCGAACCAGUACGCUAAAAGCCCUGACAAUGGCGGAUCCGACGAACCCUAUCACCGGAGAUCAUCACCAGACGUACCGUCAGUACAAUCCGUACCAACAAAUCGAUCUUCCGUACCGUAAGCUCUACGAUCUCCCAACUUCGCCGUAGUUCCUCUUCGAAGAAGAAGCUAACAAGACCCGCUUAUCAUGGGGAGAGAGUCUCACGUUCUUCACCGGUUCUGGCUAUCUCUCCGGAGCGGCGAUCGGAGCCGCCAAGGGAUCAAUUGACGGGAUCCGAGCCGCCGAGCAUGGCGAAUCCCUUAAGAUCUGGGCUAAUCGGAUUUUGAACUCCGGUGGACUCGCUGCACGACGCGGCGGGAAUUGCUUAGGAUCUCUAGGGUUGAUGUACGCCGCUCUCCAGAGCGGUGUUACGUACUUGAGAGAUGGGGACGAUGAAUCCUUGAGUACUGUGAUCGCCGGUUUAGCCACCGGUGCGAUUUACAGAGCUGCGUCUGGGCCUAGAUCCGCUGUAAUUGCUGGACUCGCCGGAGGAAUUACGGCUUUCGUGGCGGUUUCCGGGAGAGGCAUCGUCAGGCGAUUCGUUCCUAUCUGAUGAUCUUAACUUCCAUUUCUCAGUUUAGGGGUUUAAGAAAUUGUUUGAGAAUUAGUCAAAGGAGAGACUUUGAAUGCAUCAUUGUUACUGGAA